AUGUGGAGCUUCAUAGCCUCGGUUCGGAUCAACGGCUAUCACGAGUGCGGGGGAACCGUCAUCGAGAGUCGUAUUAUCCUCACGGCCGCCCAAUGUGUUGCAGGAAUUGCGGCGGACAACGUCUCCAUUCAGGUGGGAACCGACGAUCGGACCAAAGGAAAGGGCCGAGUCGUCCCAGUGACUUCGAUUAUAGUCCACGAUAAGUUUUUAAAAAAUAGUGCUCCCAAUGACAUUGCUCUGUUGUGGCUGAAAUGGACGGCCCUGGCGGGUAUAGUGAGGAAGCUACCGAUUGUCGAGGAGGAGCCGGCGGAUCAGAAUUUCUGCAGCAAUGCCGGGUGGGGCGAGCAGAGUCUACAGAUUCUGGGAAUGCCGAGGCUUCUGCUCCAUGGAAUGGCCAAGGUCAGGAAUCGCAGCUACUGCGACGAGGAGCUGGUUGAACAGGUUGGUGAGGAGCUGCUCUGCACCUUCUACAAUCAGUACGACAUCUGUCCGGGGGACUAUGGUGGACCUCUAAUCUACGGUGGGUUUGUUGUGGGAAUCGCUGUCGAAGGACAUGGGUGUGGGUGGUCCAAACUGCCCUCCCUCUACACGAAUGUCUACAAAUUUCGCGAUUGGAUAGAAACAAACUCAAAGAAGCUCAUAGAAAAUAAAUAA